AAAUGCUGGGUUAAAAACAUCCCAGCGCUGGGUGAAAUAUUGACAAACCCUGUGAUUGUGGUGCUUUGAUUUAUUAAUAUGUUUAUUAAUACAGUGAAUAAAUAAUAAUACAAUAAUAAAAAUAAAUAAAUUGCAUAUUAAUAAAUGUUCACCUUCUGAUUAUUCCCAAGGCCUCUAGUAUAGCAUAGUAAUUUUUAAACAAUACUUGAGUUAAAUAAAACCACCCAUAAGGCUGGGUUAAACAUUUAACUCAACUGCUGGGUCAGAACAACCCAUACUAACCCAUAUGUGACCCUGGACCACAAAACCUGUCAUAAGGGUAAAUGUUUUGAAAGUGAGAUUUAUACAUAAUCUGAAAGCUGAAUAAAUAAGCUUUCCAUUGAUGUAUGGUUUGUUAGGACAGGACAAUAUUUGGGACAAACUAUUUGAAAAUCUGGAAUCUGAGGGUGCAAAAAAAAAAAAAAAAAAGGGAAAAUCACCUUUAAAGUUGUCCAAAUGAAGCUCUUAGCAAUGCAUAUUACUAAUCAAAAUGAAAAAUUAACAAAUAUCUUCAUGGAACAUGAUCUUUACUUAAUAUCCUAAUGAUUUUGGAAUAAAAGAAAAAUAGAUCAUUUUGACCCAUACAAUAUAUUUUUGGCUGUUGCUACAAAUAUACCUGUGCUACUUAAGACUGGUUUUGUAGUCCAGGGUUACAUAUUAAUAACAACUAUGUAGGAAUAAUAAUAAUAGAAACUCCAAAAAAUAAAAAAUAAAAAUUUAAAAUAUAUAAAAUAUCUGAAUUACACUUGUAUCUAAUAGUAACACAGUUAAUAACACUUUAUGUAAUUAUUAUUAGCAACAUAAAGUCACGCUCUUAUACAAUUUCCUUAAUUAUCAACAAAUUGCUAAAAUAAUCACUACAAUAACAUUUUUGUUAAAUCAUCUUAAGCGUACCAUUCAGAGCAACAUCCUGUCCCACUCCACCCUCCGUAGACGGCAGAAUGUGAGAAAUGUGAGAACUUUUGAAAAGGAUUGUCUCAUUAAACAUGUAAUUAGGAAGUAAACUGUCCUGACCAGCUGGAGGGUGUGCCCUCUCAUGUACCCCGCCUAGUGAUAUUGCGGACCAUGUGUAGACAGGCACAGGAAGGAGACACACAUGUUCAGCCGCCUCAAUUACAGUCGCAUGCUCUGAUCUGGGCUUCUUGAAAACACAGUCACAUGGUUUCAAAAGAAAAAAGGCAAGAGGAGGAGGAAGUCGCGACCGGAUAGAAGCAUGCUUACCUGGCAAAGUGUUAGUCUCACGUUACACUCACACGCCACUGUCACCAAUGAAUUCACCUGACACUUCUGUGCACUUGGGCACCUGUUGGAGGAACUGACUUGGCCGGUGCGGCCCACGAAAAGGACAUGACACAGAACGGCACUGUAGCCGGCAAUGGCACUCAUACGGAUUCUCUCAAAAUUGUGAUCGUCGGAGACGGAGGUUGUGGAAAAACAUCUCUGCUUAUGGUGUACGCCAAAGGAGAUUUCCCUGAGAAAUACGCUCCGUCUGUGUUCGACAAAUAUGUCACCACUGUCUCCUAUGGAGGGAAGGAUAUUCAGCUGAAUCUCUACGAUACGGCAGGCCAAGAGGACUACGAUCGCUUGAGGCCUCUGUCGUAUCAAGAAGUGAACCUGGUUCUCAUCUGCUACGACGUGACAAGUCCGACGUCGUUCGACAAUGUCACGAUAAAGUGGUACCCAGAGGUCCGUCAUUUCUGCCGUGACGUCCCUAUUAUAUUGAUAGGGUGCAAGACGGAUCUGCGAAAGGACAAAGAGAAGAUGAGGAAGCUCAAAGCUUUAGAUCAGGCGCCCAUUACCUACCUCCAGGGUGAAGCGAUCCAGAGGCAGAUGAAUGCUGAGGUCUACCUGGAGUGUUCGGCUAAAUAUAGAGAAAACGUAGAGGACAUUUUCCGAGAGGCGACCAAGAGAGCGCUAGCGGCCAGGGCUAAAGCCAAACAUCUCCGCAAGAAGAAGAAGCGUUGCACCAUCCUGUGACCGUUGCCAGAAGGAACACACUUGUUCAAGUGUUGUAUAUAUAAACUAGGAUAUUUUGUAAACAUUCCGGAACCAUCUGCAAAGCUUCUCAGAAUUGUUUAAGCUUUCUCGAAGGAAUAUUUUUCAAGACAUGUGGUGUGCGUUCUCUCACAAUCUGCCCACCAGGCAAGGCUUACUUUGACAGAGGUCACCGGCGUGUGUGAUAAGUCUGUAAUGGCCCACACCACAUCUUUCUGCUGGUGUUACUGAUAUGACCUGACGGAAUUUCGUCUUCCACGAUUGCGGAUGCAGCAGGAGAUGGAAAAACUGCUGCUGAUGUCUCAGGGAUAACUAUAGCCUACAUAGAACAUGGUCACAUUGUAAAUUCGGUAAAAGUCUGUGUUAUUCAACGCACAACUUACUGAAGCAACAGCCAUUAUGUUACACUGGGUGUAACAUAUUUGUGUUGUGCAAUUCCUGUUAUAAUAGUUGCAGCUUUUAAACUUCCAGUUACAGUAUUUUCUAUUACAUAAGGCUUUCUAAACAAAACAAGCACUGUGAUGUACAAAAAAAAAAUCCUGGGGAUUUAUAGAAAUAUCACCAUUAUGACAUUUGAACUGGAUGUUCACUUGUUUUUUUCAGUACUGGGUUGUUUUAUUGUAUGUCUAACUUUUUCAUAUCUCACAAAGAUGCCAGAAAGUGUUCAAUCAUCUGUGUGAAAGCCGCCCGAAUGUUGAUUGCACAAAUAAACCCGUGAUAUUUUAAGUUAUAUAUUGUGCAUAAAUGUGUUUAGGUGUUUUGUAAACCAUGUGUGAAACCGGAAAAAGUCGUUAAUAAAAUUCUGUAGCUCUUUAA